CUGAUAACUGUCAGUCAUUAUUUCCUGUCAACAAUAAUCUAACCCGUAACCCGUUACACCUGAAUUAUUAAUAAUAUUGGAAUAAUAUUUUUAAAAUGUAUAGUUCGUAAGAAUUUAGUGCAAAAAAAACGUAAAUAUCAAAAUGGCGCUUGCAUAUAGGACUUUGUAUAAAAACUGUUACUAUCUACAAAAUAUAACCAAACCUCUAAAAUGGAGUGUCGAAAACAAAUAUCCUAUGAAAAUUUUGGCAAGUGGUAUUUGCUACCAAAAUACAUUUACGAAGACCAGGCCCUUAUUUGAAGCAAGAGGCAUAAGUUUUGUUACAAAGAACUUCAGGCAAUGUUCUUCUCAAAGUAGCCCACCUCCUGAUAAACCGCUACAGGAACCAGUAGGUACCAAAAAAGGAAUAAUAAAAAAAUUUAAAGCAAUGUAUAGGGACUACUGGUAUGUGUUGCUGCCUGUGCAUGUGUGCACCUCUGCCGUUUGGUUUGGUAGUUUUUAUUACGCUGUCAGAAGUGGUGUAGAUAUUUUCGGGUUAUUACAAUCUCUGGGUAUUAGUGACUCAUUAAUAGCUCCUCUUAAGGAUUCCACAGCGGGAUACUUUGCUCUAGCAUUAGCAUUGUACAAGUUAGCAACACCUCUACGAUAUGCUGUCACAGUUGGGGGCACUACUGUUGCUAUUAGGAAAUUAACAGCAAUAGGUUUUAUUAAACCAGUGCCUUCAAGAGAGCGAAUUAAGGAAAUUUUCCAAGAAAAGCGAGAUAACCUACAAGACAGAUUUAAAGAAAGUAAACAACAUUAUCAAGUGCAGAUGAAAGAAAAACGCACCCAGGUCAUGGAAGAUUUGAAAAGAUAUAAAACUGACAUGAGGAAUAUCAAAAAUAAGGUGAAGAAAAUAAAAUGAAACUUAAUGCAUCUUCUACCGCACAAAAUAUGUAAAGGACAAAAAGGAUAUUUUAAACUGAAUGAUUAAACAACAAAUCAAUUAUAAUAUACUUCAAAAGUAAAACUUUUGUUUGUUAAAAUAAUACUUCCAUGGAGCCAACUUUAGGACAAUUUAAAAAAAUAUAAACCGUUAUAAAAUUUG